UAAUCCCUCAACUUCCUUCCAAAACUCACUCUCUCUCUCUCUCUCUCUCUCUCUCUCUAAAACCCCUCUACAUUGUUGACAUCCCUCCCACUCUGUACACAGCUCCGCAAUGGCGCCAGCUUCUUUCUGGAACUCAUCCAAAACCGUCUGCGUCAUGGACGCCUCCGGCCGCCUCGGCUCCGCUCUCGUCCACCGCCUCCUCCGCCGCGGCUACACCGUUCACGCCGCCGUCCAUAGCCACGAGGAGAUGCAUCGUUACAAGAGGCAAUCCAUGGAGAAGAAGGAGCUGAGAGUAUUUCAUUCGGAUCCAUUGGAUUAUCACAGCAUUUUGGAUGCUCUCAAAGGCUGCUGCGCCUUGUUCUACUCCUUCGAGCUCCCCUCCGAUCACCCUACCUACGAUGAAAUUAUGGGUGAGUUGGAAGUAAGAGCGGCCCACAACGUGUUGGAGGCGUGUGCUCAGACGGACACCAUCGAGAAGGUUGUCUUUACUUCGUCCGCAACGGCUGUUGUCUGGAGGGAACAUGGCGAUAGCCGGACGUCCGAUGUCGAUGAAAGAAACUGGAGCGAUGUCAACUUUUGCAAGAAGUUUAAGUUAUGGCACGGCCUGUCGAAAACCAUAGCCGAGAAGACAGCAUGGGCGUUGGCAAUGGACCGGGAGGUGAACAUGGUGUCGAUAAACGCGGGGCUGUUGAUGUACCCUGACUUGAGCAUCAAGGACCCCUACUUGCUUGGGGCCGCUGAGAUGUUCAAGGACGGUGUUCUUGUCACUGUCGAUCUCGACUUCCUUGUUGAUGCACACAUUUGCGUCUUUGAGGAUGUCUCCUCGUAUGGCCGGUACCUGUGCUUCAAUGGCAUCAUAAACUGCAACGACGAUGUGGUGAAGCUGGCAAAGAUGCUCCUACCGUCAUCGCCGUCACAAGACAUGUUCGACGACGACAGUGUGCACCAACAGAGGAUAAGCAACGGCAAAUUGCGCAAGUUGAUGGUGGAUUUUGAGAGUAGAUUACAAAUGACAAGCGAGGAUGAAUGAAUCAAUCGUUGAAGGGGAUAAAAGGAUACAAAAGUACGAACAGUUUGCACGCAAGGAGACGAUGCAUUUUGGCAAUGUACACUGCAUAUGUUGAGUGAAAAUGAAGAAAAGUAAAGGCUUAGAUAUAUUAGAAUAUUUCUAGCCCACGUAAAAUAGUGUAGCAUAUUCCCUAUAUAUAUGCGAUUCUUUGAACUUCAAAGAAAAAUAAAAGUGUAAAGUGGCUGAUGUCAUGAGAUUAUUCCCCACACUGAA